ACAGUACUUGAAUUUAUAUGGGAGUUACACAAUGCAUGUUAUAAGCAGUGAGAUCAUUCUGAAGUGUAGACUGCAGAUGCUGGAAAUCUGAAACAAUAUACAAUAGCUGGAGGAACUCGACAGGGUUAGCCAGGAUCUAUGGGGGUCGACGCCCUCAGUCGCGGCUGCCUUGUAAGAUCAGCAGCCAAAUUCACGCACAAAUCCCACAAUCAAAUAAAUCUGACUGAUGCAGGCAUGGGCUGUUGAUGAUAGUGGGAGAUGUCGAAUGAAGCCCCCCCCAGCUCUUCUUCAGAGCGGUGGGGUGGGACGGUUACGGGCUCACAGGGUCCCUCCAGAGCACCGUGUCAACCUCUGGACGGCACAGCGGCCCUCGGUAGCUGAGGAAAAGGUCACCCUGGCGCCCCAACGAUUGUCGAGGGUGGUGUCGUUUCAGAGAUGCAGGAAGUUGCCGCUCUCAAACGGAACUGGGCAGCAGAAGCGGAAGCUCCAGGUGGGGAGGAAACAUCGGAGACAACAGUGGCCGAACUUCUGCUUCGACUGGCCCGACAGCAGCGAGGGAAUCGCCUGGGGGUGGGGGGCUUCACGCCGCGGCCUGGUGGCUUGGGGGACAAGCGGACGCGGCCUUCGCAGCGGCCACCUUCCACCCACAAGUUCAGGAAACUCUAGGCGGCAUAGUUUCUAAUGGCUCAAGAAUCCAACGGGUUUAUAUGCAAUGGGCUUCCACCGUCACCCGAUGAAAAUGAGUUGCCUUCUGGCUUCCCACAAAAUAUCUGUGAUGAUGUGCCGGAGGAGAAGUACCUCUGCAGUUUCUGUAAAAAUGUCCUGAAGAAGGCAUACCAAACAUUGUGUGGCCAUCGAUAUUGCUGGGCAUGUGUCGAGUGGAUUAUCAAAUACAAUAAAAGUUCAGUUUGUCAGAAAUGUAAGGAAGAUGACCCACAGAGUGUAAAUGAAGAUAGCAUUUUGGCUUUGGGAAAGAUAUUUAGUGAUGCUGCAGUAUCCAAGGAGAUCCUAGAUUUGAAAGUUCAUUGCAUCAAUCCUGGUUGUACCUGGAAAAGCACAAUGAAGAAUUAUGAGGAUCAUGUAACUCAGUGUGAAUUUUCACUGAUUCCUUGCAGUACAGGUUGUGGAUUGAUGGUUUUAAGGAGGAAACUGGCAGAUCACUUGGAAAAAGAGUGUAAAAACAAUAUGGUGGAUUGUCAGCAAUGUGAUACGAAAAUGUUUAUGAAGGACUUACAGAAGCAUGUGUGUGAAAAAGCUCCGUCCAAAGAGAAAAAACCUUUUAAAUUUGACUUGGCCAAUAAAGAAAAGUCUCGUUCUCCUGGAGGAAAUCGGACCCGUGAUAGCUGUCGUUUUGCAGAACUGGGCUGCAAUUUCAAGGGUGGCAAAGAGCGUCUCAAGGAUCACGAAAACAAUUCAGCUGUCGCACAUCUUGCAUUGUUACUUCAGUUUGUCGAUACCAUAAAAGCCAACUGCCUGCAAAAUUCCGGCGAUGCCAGCAAUGAUGAAGACGCAUCAGUAAUUGCUGUCCCCUCAGUGGUUACUCAGCUGCAGCUCAGAAUCCAAGAAAUUGAGAAGAAUAUGUUGUCUUUGUCAUACAAAAGUUCGUUACUCACUUUACGCAGCCAGGUUGCUGUGGAAUCAAAUGGAGACUUAGAAACUGAUCAAUUUGAAGGAGCUUCUGGUUCUAAUAAUAGUUCGGAUUGUCAGGCACCAUUGUACUCUGGUCAAGUAUUAGCCGGGUGCCAAAAUAAAAUUGAUGCUCUUGAACGAAAAAUCCAGACAUUUGAAAAUAUUGUGACCGUUUUAAACAGAGAAGUCGAAAAGACUCAUACUACUAUGGUUGCAUUUGAGAGACAAAACAAGAUUGAUCAAGAUGCCAUUAAAGCCUUGGAACACAAGGUUUCUGAACAGCAGCACCUUUUGGCUUUGAAGGACAUGGUUAUCAAUGAAUUCCGUAUGCAGCUGCUUACUUUGGAGCAGAUUACUUACGAUGGAAUAUUUAUCUGGAAAAUUACUGAUAUUGGGAGAAAAAGGCAGGAGGCCAUUUCAGGGCGAACGACAAGUCUUUACUCCCCAGGAUUCUACACCAGCCGAUACGGCUAUAAAGUGCGAAUGAGAAUAUAUUUAAAUGGAGAUGGAGCUGGUCGAGGGACUCACAUCUCCUUGUUCUUUGUUAUCAUGAAGGGAGAUUAUGAUGCCUUGCUUCAUUGGCCAUUUAAGCAAAAGGUCACGUUCAUGCUUUUGGACCAGAAUGGCCGGGAACAUUUAAUUGAUGCAUUUCGUCCAGAUGUUAAUUCAUCUUCAUUUCAACGACCUGCGAGCGAGAUGAACAUUGCCAGUGGCUGCCCUUUGUUUUUUCCAUUGGCCAAACUCGACUCUCCGAAACAGACCUAUCUGAAAAAUGAUGUCUUGUACAUUAAAUGCAUUGUAGAUACUACAAAUUAACGCAACAAGAGAUGAAAAGCUGUAGAAAUUAAUUGGUGUUGCCUUGCAUGAUGCAUUUCAAAAAUGUCUCACUGAUGUUUUGACAAAUUUUCUGCUUUGGGAUGUUUUGAGUGGUAUGGCACAAUGCUUUACGGAUUCAAUUCCUGCCACUGUGUCUGUAAGGAGUUUGUACGUUCUCCCUAAGACCAUGUGUGUUUCAUCCGGCUGUUCCAGUUUCCUUUCACAGUCCAAAUACGUACCAGUUGGUAGGUUAAUUGGUCAUUAUAAAUUCUGCCAUGAUUAAGCUUGGGUAAAGUCAGGGGUUGCUGGGCAACACAGCUCGAAAGGCCGGGAGUGCCUAUUCAGCACUGCAUCUCAAUUAAUAAAUAAUGACACAGAACAAUUUUUUAUUUAAAAACAGGACUAUCCCUGUUACUAAUGAACUGUAUAAUCUAUAUAAGUCACUUUUUUAUUGAGAUUUGUAAAUAUAUUUUUGAAAAUGCAAAAUUAAUCUGAUUGAAUUUCAGGAUCAUACAUGGUUGUUGUGUGGUGUGAGUAAUUUCAGUGGUGCUAAUUUUAUUUCGUAACGCAGGUUAUUUUGUGUGCGAAAAUGAAUAUUGUUGUGAUCCAAAAGUGUUGAUCACGUAGAUUGUCCUUAAGCACAGGUUGAUGGUUUCAGGUAUCCCCCUUGUCAAUGGAGGUUGCCUGCUCUGUAAACAAAUUUUAUUGAUCAUCUCUGAUUACUGGUUUACAAUGGCCAUGUUUGCUAAAUGGUAUGACCAAAGAUAAAUGUUGCACAUAUCAUUUUGGGAAUUAAUAUGAAAAAGGAAUGUUCUUCUAUUGCAAGUAAAAAAAAAAAAAAAAUUAAGGUAACUGUAAAAUGAAUGACAAAUAUAGAUGUGUACAGUAAUUGUAUUUUUAAUGAAACCUGCAUUACUUCAUUAAUCCAGAUAUUAUCAAUGUCUUUAUCUCUGUAUUUUAAUUUAUUAGUUAUUCCACCUUUUUUUACGGUAUUUUUCAAUGGUGCAAUACUUGCAUUUUUUUUAUUGGCUUUUAUAAGUUUGAGUCAACAAUGCUUAUUUUAAUAGUGAUAUGUUAUUCAAAGGAAUUGCAAAAAAAAUUGUGGAAAUGAAUUAUAUUAAUUCCAAGAACACAAGAAUUAGUAUUUGCAAACCCUGUACCCCUCGGACUUGCUGUGUGGUUCAGAACAAUCAUAGCCAAUCUUCCUUGAGGCAUGUCUCAGUUUUAGCUCCAUAAUCUAUUUAUUAUGUGGUAUGAAAUUUUGACGUCUUUUUGAAAAUAAACCAACUAUACAUUUACCACAUAGGGUAGAGAAUUUCAAAGGACCUCAGAAAGACCUGUAAGGAGUUUGUACAUUCUGCCCGUGACUACGUGGGUUUCCUCCGGGUGCUCCGGUUUCCUCUCACAGUCCAAAGACGUACCAGUUGGUAGGUUAAUUGGUCAUUGUAAAUUGUCCUGUGAUUAGGCUAGGAUUAAAUCCAGGGGUUGCUGGAUGGUGUGGCUCGAAGGGCCUAUUCCACACUAUAUCUCAAUAAAUAAAUAUUUUUUAAAAUUGUCCUUUUCUCAAUGCUCACUCUGUGACCAAGGUCCCAAUUCUGAAUUUAAAACCAGGGUAUACAGCUUCUUGGUGCUUACUGUGUCAAGCCCUGUUAGGACUUGUGUGCAUUUGAAUUGGGCAACCAGAUUCGUCUUCCAGACUGAAUCAGAAUCAGGGUUAUUACCACUGACCUAUAUGGUGUGAAAUUUGUUGUUUUGCAGCAGACUGUAGAAAAUAUGGGCCCAAUCUCUGAUAUUGGGACUUCUUGUUCCAUGAACUUUUAUUGCAACCUAGUACAGACAAUGAUGUCCUUCAUUAGAUAAGGAACAAAAACUGUAAUAAACUUCCAUGUAUUGUGCUAACUGAGAAGUACAGUGUAUGUGGUUGUACUAUAGAUAGAGCAGUUCCAUAUAACAAUUAGGUAAUGUUGGCCUUUCCUUGUAUCCUUAAUGUAACAUGUUAGAGGGAAGCAAAUACACAAGUACUACUGUUGAUCACUUAACCCUUUGAGCCUGUCUCCACUCCUUGUUAAGAUCAUGGCUUACCCUGUACCAUUGCUUGGUCUACACAUUUCGCUCCCUAUCCCUUUGUUUGAAAGGAAGUUAUUAUAUAAUGAUAUAACAAUUACAGCAUGGAAACAGGCCAUCUCAGCCCUUCUAGUCCGUGCCAAACUCUUACUCUCACCUAGUCCCACCAACCUGCACUCAGCCCAUAACCCUCCAUUCCUUUCCUGUCCAUAUAGCUAUCCAAUUUAUCUUUAAAUGACAACAUCGAACCUGCCUCAACCACUUAGAAUAUUAAAAAUAAUUAAUUUGCCAUUUGUGAGAUUUUGAAAGUACUUUCUGCUCUUAAUCUUGAAAGCCUUAGCUCAAAUUUUUAAACUUUUAACCAAAUCCUAACCUUUGUCUGUUAAAGCCAUUGGGCCUACAAGCUCCUAAUCCUCACAGGCCAGUAUCUUUGUGGUAGAUAUAUGUUGUGCUCCCUCAGAGGUUAAUACGUUCUUCCUAAAGUGUGGUGUACAAAAUUGCUGUCUUUAUUGUUUGGUGCUCAAAUUGGAAUGAUGAAUAUUUGUAGUAUAGUCCUCGAAAUGCAAUAUUCUGGGAGUUUUUCUUACUCCCUUUUCAUUUUCAUUCGUGUGGAAUCCACAUUAAGACCUCAUGUUUAUUGCUUAUCCCAAAUUUCCCUUAAGAUGGUGGUGAAAUGUCUUAUGAGAAAACGGUAAAGAAUAAAUUAAUUUGCUGCCAUCAGUAACCACACCAAAGCAAGAUUGGACAGGGAUUUGCUUCCCUAAAAGUCAUCAGUUGAAGCAGAUUGAUCAGCUGAGGUCUUAACAGAUCACUCUGGAACCCCAAAUAGCCACAUCUUUUCUAUUUGGAUAUCUACCCUUUAUCUUUACCUUGUUCCUACUAACAAGAUUUAUAACUUUUCUUCGUAUUUAGGGGUUUCAGCUUUACCUAUUAAUAUCUUUGAGGGACUUUGUCAAACCCCAUAUAAGUAAUACCCAAAGGCAUUUUCCUGCCUCUGUUUAGAUUUGGGGUAGAAACUAUUGUGUUCAGUUUCAGGUUCAGACUUAUUUAUCCCUAACCCUAACCUUAAUGUAUAGAAACAUACAGUGAAGUGCGUUCACAACCAACACACCUGGGGAUGUACUGGGGGCAGCCCACAAGCCGCCACACAUUCCGGUGCCAACAUAGCAUGUCCACUAUGCUCGGCAGAACAACACAGAACACAACAAGCAACAAAACAUAAAAAGAAGCCCCUUUCCUCCCUCCCACACACACACACACAGUAUUGCAGGAACUUUUUACUGCCAUUAUUCUGUGCUGUUUCGCUCACGUGUAUUUUGGUGACUCCUCCUUUGCUGAUUCAAUGUUCAGUGCUGUCAUUGUCUCACUGUGAAUGCUGAUGCAACUGCAGCUGCUUUGCUCUGACUUUUAUUUAUAAUAAGUUAUCACUUUUCAUCGCUGCUGACCACCCUCUUUCUAACUGCAACAUUUAUUCAAUGUCUCUGCUCCAUUGUUUUUAACCCACUUACAACUCAUUUCUUCUAUUCUGCUUUUUAUAUCAUCACCACUGUUAAUUUCUCAUGUACUGUAUUGACAUUUUUCAUUAGUGGUGAAUGAGAUAGAGAGAGUUCAGAAUUUCAUGCAAUGAAGCCACAUUACAGUUGGUCAUAAAAGCUGCAUUGUGGCAGUUAACAAAGCAAUUUGCAAUGUUAAACGUUAACAAUGUUCAAUCAGUAAUUGUGAUCACAGUACAUGAGGUAAAUGGAUUGGAAAUUUGGCACUUUUAAGUCUCUUUAUAUACCUCCAAAAAAGUAAUAGAUUUCUCUGUUAAUUCGAUUGUUUUUUAAUUACUCAGAUGUUAAGGAUGAAUUUUGAAACACUAAUGCAAUGGCAGCUCUUGGGGCUGGCUAGAAUUUUGCAAAAAUUGGCAUUUAUCAAGAUCAAAGCAAUUUACUACAGGAAGGACAUGGAGGGUGGGGGAGUCUUCUGCCUAGUGAUAAAAAUUUAUCUCAGUGUGCGCUUUAAAUUAUCUGAAACAGCUGGGGUUGACAGAAUAGUGAAAAGCAGCUAGAGAGGAAGGGCUAAUAUUUCCCUAAGAUCUCCUGCUCAGACUCAACCAAUAAUUCAAUUUGAGUUGCAUCUUUCCAUUUGUUUUUGUCCUGGCUGCCGCUACCUCCACGAGGUGCAGGACGGGCAAUGUACUGAAUCGAGAUGCGUAGUUUACAUAUGAGCAUAAAGACAGAAUAAGUCACUCAAGCUCACCAUCCUCUUCCACUGUGGCUGUGCUCCGUCUGCCACGCUGGUAAUGUGUCUAAGCACUCAGGAUGUUCCAAGCCUUGCAUUUCUGUGUACAUAGCACUGCAGUGAUUUAUCAUGGUGGGUUACCUGUCUUUACUAUCACUGAAUAUGUAGUUUCUAUAAAACUAACCACCUUGGGAUUCAGUAUAGCAAACAGCGGUAACAAUAUUAGCUUGGAUUCUUUUCAUUGGAAUAAUGCCAGUUGUUCAUUCAUUCAUUAUGUGCCACGUCAUAUGACGUGGGCAAUCAUGGUCCUUCCAUGACCGUGAUUGUUCUUGGCAAAUUUUUCUGCAGAAGUGGUUUGUUGCCUUCUGGGGAUUAAGAGGGAGGCAUGGUAGCAUAAUGUUUAGCACAAUGCCUUACAGUACUGGUGACAUGGGUUCAAUGCCAUUUGUCUGUUCUCCCCGUGACUGGGUGGGUUUCCUCUGGGUGCUCUAGUUUCCUCCCACAGCCCAAAGACAUACUGGUUGGUAGAUCAUUGUAAAUUGUCCCAUGAAUAGGCUCGGAUUAAAUCAGGGGUUGCCUGGCAGCACGGCUAGAAGGGCCUAUUCCACGCUGUAAAAGACUGGUGACCACAGCCAUUGUCAAUACUCCUCGGAGAUUGUCUGCCUGGUGUCAGUGGUUGCAUAACCAGGACUUGUGAUGUGCACCAGCUGCUCAUACGGCCAUCCACCACCUGCUACCAUGACUUCACAUGACCCUGAUGAGGGCCUAAGCAGGUGCUACACCUUUCCCAAAGUGAUCUGCGGGCUGGCGGAGGGAGGGAGUGCCUUACGCCUCCUUUGGUAGAGAUGUUAUCUCCACCCUGCCACCCAAAUGCCAGUUGUACCCUUUGAUCUUGUUUUUGCAAAAUGUAGGCGGCUUUAGCAAGCAGAAGCAAAGUUGGCAGAAAUGAUUUGACUUGCAGAAGAAGCCGGAGGACAUCACCAAGAAAUGUAAAGAACAUUACAAGACACUAGACGUGGGAUGUUAUGCAGUAGCUUCUAUACACACAUUGUUUCUCAGCUUUGUGUAUCAGUGUUGUUCCUUGCACAGCAGUACAACUUUGUGGAUGAUAUCUGUCAUAAAUUGGAAAGAUAUUUAAUUUCACGAAAGAUAUUUACAUAGAAUGAAACUUGGUGCACUGGUGUUUGAGAUUAGUUCAGCCAUUUGUUGAAUGGGGGAUCCGUAGCAAUUUAAGUUUGAUCAGUUUUGGGGGGCUCAGAACUUCAAUAAUCUGGCAUCUAACUGUUUUGGAAAACCUGUGGGUUGACUGUGCGAGCAGAACCAGGGGGUCAAAAACAUAGGUGGAGUAAGGGUCCAGACUGCUGGUACAUUUCCCACCUCUUUAACUCGCUGGGUUCACUGGAAAACGUCUUUCAUUACUGUGUAAUGUAUUCAAAAAAUGAAAUCAAGUAAAAUAUUGACAUACUUGGAGUAACAUGCAACAAGUCAGAAAACCUGCUACUCCAGAGCCACAAAAGUUUCAAGGGUUGGGAACUAUUGUGCUUUGGUGGGGUGUGGGCGGAAGUUUGGGUACUGCCUCACUUUCAGUCUCUUUCGCCCAUUGCCGAGGUUCUAAAAUACACACUGCAAAGCUGGCAUAAGAACAAAAAGACAAUUUUGAAAUCAUUUUUAACUUCCUGAGUCGCUAAAUGACCCUGAUUUGUUUUCCUAAACAAAUGUUACUUCGCCACGUGUAUUAUUGUGAAAGAGGUGGCAACGGUUAAGUUUACUUGAUGGAUUUCAUAAUUUUCUUGAUCAUUGUGCGUCCUAAUUUUCCCAAAAAUCAAUUUUAAAAAUGUUUGUCAAACAUUGUAACAGUAGUAGAAUAAAGCAUAUGUGUAAUAAUCUGUAUCUAUGCACAGCAGGAUGCUUAAAGUACAUUGUUGUGAAUAAAUAUUUCAGCGCUGAACUAUG